GGCACAGGAGAGACUGUACGAGUAGUAUCUAUGGAUAAGGACUUCCACGUAGAUUGUUAUGUUUGUGAGAGCUGUGGAAUGCAGUUAACGGACGAACCAGAUCAGAGAUGUUAUCCUCUAGACGGACACCUUUUAUGCCGCAAUUGCCACUUACACCGCCUCCACGCCAUGGGUCGCACCACCUCCAACAUUCAGGAUGUUGGUGCGACUUAUGUAGAGUAAAGGAAGAUCGUGUGAGAGCAAGAGGAAGACACUGAUACACUGAAGACGAGACCUUGCUUUAAAUUGUGGAGGACAAAUAGCAAUUAAGAAAUACGAAAUGAAAUAUCUAUUCUCUCUUAAAAAGUCUAUUUUAUUUUUAUUCUUUUUUUUUUCUUAUUUUGUGGACUUCUUUUAAGAAAUCCCUCUUUUGUGUAUGUCUUUUUAUCUGAUGUGAAUUCUGAUUUCUGUAGUGUAACAUCAGUGCUUUUUUAUCUGUAGUCAAGAAAUGGAGACUUCUCUUCUGUGUAAUUGUAUUAGAAGUGUAAAAUUUAAACAGAAUAUAAGAAUGGCAGUACAUAAGGAUGGGAGGAUGGAAAGAUUAAGUAACACCUUUUUAUGGAAGAAUCUUUUUUUUUCUGGAGAUAACUCGAGCAUCAGUGUACAGAGACUUGUUAUUAAGUGCUAUAUUCUUUCCCAUGAUCGUCCUUCAUGAGUAUUGACACUUCAGACUCCAGUAAUUCUAGUUGUCUGUUCCUACUGUUUGUAAGUUUCUGCUUGAUGGAAUAUUGGAUUCUCUUCUGAGUAGAGUUGAAGCCUCGAUGUAUGUAACCAGUAAUGAUAUUUGCCAUUCAUUUACAGUCUGUAAAUUUUUUUUAGCGAGAUAUUCUGCUUCAUUGCAAACAAGACGGAAAUAUUUUGCAGCCUCUCCUUGCUGUGAUUUGAUGUAGUAUUAUGAGGUUCCUCAGAAUUUCCGUUAUAUACCCCUCCCAUAUAUUUUUACUUUAUUAUUAUUUUUUUCUUUUAUUUCUUUUUCUUUUCUUUUUUUCUAUGAACAAUAGUCUGGCUUGUGUCUUGCUGUGGCUGUUUUGUUUAAUACAGCCGUGUAUAUGUGUUGGGUAGAUACUGUUCCUGGGAAAUGUAUAUAAAAUUAUAGCUUCAGGUGCAUUUAAUGUGAAAAAAGUUGUACUGAGUGAUAGGAUUUUGAUUUUUUAUUAUUUCACAAGUGAUGAGGAACCAGUUAUAUGCUGAUUAACAUAAUCAUACUCAAUUAUUGCAUUACUUGGUGGCAAAUAACUAGGGACUAGGCAGUGAUGAAAGAGAGAUACUACAUUGCAUUAUUACUGAACUGAGUACAAGAAUAUAGUUUUAAUCUUAUUUCCACCUGCUACUUUUUGGUUUUUCACUCUGUAUGUCCAAGUCAUGAGAAAGAAAGAGAGGGAAAGGGUUAGAAGACCCCCUUAAAAAAUGAGUAUUACUAGGAAUGAAAUUUAUUAAUGAGAGCAAAUGUAUUGGAAAGAGUGUCCUAGUUCUUUGUCUUGUGUUGGAGAAUUAUUGCACGUGUUGUUCAUCUUGGCCGAGGUAGCGCAGCUGUGUUACUAUAGGUCAUAUAGUCUGGCAGUUAUUAUUCAAUUAUUGCUUUUAUUAUAAAAAAAAAUCUCAUUUUAAUCUUUCCAUCCUAUCCUAUGUUGAUGAUCCUUGUGUAGCUCAGUUUGGUAUUUAAUAUAAUUUGUGAUUGUGAGAGUUAAAACCAUUCAUUCACUUUUUUCAUUCUUGACUUUGAUGCAGGAGUAUAUCUGUUCCUUUUUCACUUUUUUUUAUAUGAAGUGAUUAGAAAGGAGACAUCAGAAAUCUGCCUGAUUGGCUCCAUGGUUUAUGCAUUUACUGAGCCAAACGUUUGGUCUGUGUCAAGUGAUUAUCAUUUAACAUGCCAAUGCCAUAAUAAUUACCACUUAUUGUCUGAUUGUUUGAGGGGGGAUGAGGGAAUGGUAGAUUUUUUUUUCUUUUUUUUCCGUGUUUCCUUCUGUCUCCUUAGUGAAUACAGCAUUAUGAAAUAAGAUGGAGCUCAGGUGCAAGGUUCCAAUGCAGUAGGGAAUUAUACAGAACCUAGGCAUCAUUUCAUUGAUUCUUUCACAUGGCAAUGUUAGGUUCACAUUUGGUAUUUAGGAGAAUGAUAAGAUUUUGUUUCUUUUGGGGAUGCAAAUGUUGUUUUUGGUUCUGAGAGUUUUAUUUCUUCACAUGUCAUAAAUCAAAUUAUGUUAUUUACACUAUAAUCGUUCUUAAAAACUUGAGCAGUGAAAAUACUGAUAUCAUAUUGUUUACUUAACCCAAUACAGAAGGGUAAAAUUGUUGAAGAAGCUGGCCAAGAACAGGUGUACUUUUGUGCAUGCCAUUCCGUACUGGGGUGAUUGUCCUGGGGAAGUGAGACCUUAUGACAUGAUGGAAUGUCACUUGGCAUCUGUGAGUAUUCGCCAUGACAUGAUAGCACAUCGCAAAUUGCCUAUGGGUUUAAAGAUCAUUUUAGCUUUUAUGUAACAAAAAGGUCGGGAAUUUGAGAGUGAAAGUGUUCAGUGCUUCAUAUAUCAUAUUAGAAAUGGGUGCUGUGGUUCACGUAGAGUUGACUAGAAUGUCAUCAGCAUAAUCAAGCCUAGCCCGUGCUGUAAUUCUUAGGUGGCAUUUUUUUUAUCCGAUGCAUUUCAUUGAUAGCACUGUCAAUUACUUAAAUACAGUUAAUGUAGUAUAUUUUUUUACUUGAUGUGAAUGGCAAGAAAUUUCACUGUACUUAGAUGCUUCAGGUGUAUGGAAUUUUUGUUUGAAAGAUAUAUAUAUAUAUAUAGACAGUUGCAGAUUCUCCAUAUAUGAUUUAUCUAAUGCAGCAAGCUAAGCAUGAGUAUCCUUUGACAAAUUGAUUUUAUUGUGGACAUAGCUAAAGUAUCUGAUGUUCCCUGGAACAGUCUCUACCCUCAGCUUUGUGCAUGGAGAAACUGGUCAUCUCUUGAAGUGGAUUUUCACAGACUUUAAUGAAUCUUGUGAUUUGAUUGUUUGCUUUCUCUUGUAUCUCUUCCCCCCUCCCCCUCUUUUAAUUUGUGAAUUUGAUAUCUUUCCCAUCCCUCUUUGAUAUUAGUGCUUGUAUGAAGGUAACGAGCAUAAUACGUGUUUCGUAAAUUUGAGAUGACUGUUUACUUCCAGUUUUGAAUGUGUCUGAACUUGGGCAUUUUCAUAUCUCAGGAGUUAUUGUGAGUGGUAUGGUAGGGUUAAAGUGGAACAUUUAGGCUAUAUUAGUCUUUUUUUAACGAUUAUAUAAAUAUAUAUAUAUAUACAAUUUUUACCAAAUGGGAAGGUCUUUUACACUUAUUGUCUUCUGUUCUUACAAGUUCAGGAAGUAUGACCGUCUUUCAUGUUAUUGUUUUUUGUUUUUUUGUUUUCAGGAAUAAAUGAUCAUUAGCUUAGAAAAAAUGGAACUGAGAAAUUGUACUCAGUUUAUUCACAAAAUGACUCUGCUUAAUAAGUUUAAAUAUUCAUUUUUUAACAGAUAAGACGUGACAAAAUAUUCAAUCUUUGUGUACCAUGCAAAUAUAUAUCCCCCCUCUUUUUCUUGUAUGAAAUUGUAAUAUUAUUUAUGAAAUCAUUACAGCUUUCUGGCAGCAUAUAUAGUUUUUCUCUUUCUCUUAGUUAUCCAUCCUGUUUAUACUGUUGGUAGGCUGCCUAUCAACAUUGCAACUCACCUACUUAAUAUGCAAAAAGAUACAAGGAUACUUGGCCAAUUUUAUCUAUUAAGUGAUGCCAGAUUCUUCCUUAUUUCUGAUGUGGUAACAAGUCGGUAUAUUUAGCUCUGCACAUUAUUGAAUGGCUGCUUGUAUUACUCAUCCAUGAGAUUUCUUGUUCUGUGAUAACAUUCUAUGGUUGUGGAAAAUGGCAUGUUAUUAUGAUGCUCUAUGACACCUGUCAAGGCUGUGCACAAGUGGUAAGUUGACGGUGUUCUCGUGUUACCACAUCAAAAGAGAGGGUUUCUUGCAGUUUGUGAUAACUAUGCACAAAUUAUUAUGUCCACCAUGCUAUGAACUCUGGCUGGCCAUUAUGUAAAUACUGAGAUCCAAUUGAUCAUUUUAAUAAACUUGAAAGUUGUA